AUGUCGACGAAGAAGUAUGCGGAUAUAGAGUUGCGACUUUACGAAUUGUUGCAGAAGCACAAAGUGACCACCGGGUUCGUCAAACACAAAUACCUUGUGAUGGAGCUUAUCAGCACCGAUCUAGACGACCUCAUGAAACAGAGCAGAAACGCGCGCAUCAGCAUGAAAUCAGUCCUUAUGAUUGGACUGCAAGUAGUAGACCGGCUGGAAGCUCUCCACCGCAUUGGCUUCUUGCAUAGGGAUGUCAAACCUGAUAACCUAGCCAUCGGCCUCAACGAAAAAAGUAGAGUCAUAUAUCUGUUCGACUUUGGCUUGGCUCAUCCCAUCGGCGCAGAGAGGCCUUAA